GCGCCUGCGCGGUCAGCCUGCCGGCCUGUGCGCGGGGGCGGGCAGUGCCCGGGUACCGCUGCUGGCGUGGUCGCGGUGCCUCCCUCGCCCCCUCCCUCCCCUCAGCGCCAGCCCCUUCCUCCUUCCGCAGGGCCCUGCGGGUGGUUUGAAAUUCACCGCAGCCUCUCACCCGAGUUCUCGAUGUGGCUGUAAGCGCCAGGCUCUGAAGGGGAGGAGGCAAGAGCGCGGGGCGGGGAAGAGGGGGGGCGGCCUGGAGCGGUGCGGCUUGUCUGCGCCAACAGCUCCGGUUCCUGCGGCCCCUCACCGGGAAGGGGCGGGAGAGGGCGGUGGAGAGGGUGAAGCGAGGUAGCAGCUGGAAGGUCCGUGUCUGGCGGGCACCGUGGUCCGGUCUCUGGGCGUGGGGAGUGAGGGAAGGAAGGACCCUGAGCCGAUUCCGGGACCCAAGAGCCCCUCGCACCCGUGGAAGCGGUGGAGGGCAGAGUGAAAAAUUCCCCCUCCGUACUGAGGCGUCCCGGUGCUGCGGCAGGCUGGCCCGCAGGUCCAGAUAAUAAAAAUGGGAACUCCUGGAUCAGGACGGAAGAGAACUCCAGUGAAGGACAGGUUUUCUGCAGAAGAUGAAGCUCUGAGUAACAUUGCCAGAGAGGCAGAAGCCAGACUUGCAGCCAAACGAGCAGCUCGAGCAGAAGCAAGAGAUAUACGUAUGAGAGAGCUGGAGCGACAGCAGAAAGAGUUUUCUCAGCAUUCAUGUGAUAGAAAAUGGGCUCAUAUUCAGAAAUGGAUGGAAGACUCAGAGAGGGCCAGGUAUUCUCACCAGUCCAGUCAACAUUCAUAUUUGAGUGGAAUUUACUAUGAUCAAAGAAAUUAUAGCAGCCUUGGAUAUAGUAAACCAGUUCCUUCCUACCAUGUUUGGUCGUCUGCUCUGUACAGUUAUCCAGUGGCACCAACUAGGAGUUACAGGCCAUCUGAAUACAGUUAUUCCUCAAGAGCAAGCUCAGUCCGAAGUAGUCCUGUGUCCUCUGAUUUUUCUGAUCAAAGUGAAACUGCUGCUGACUAUUUUAGUCGUUCUAACCGCAGGGGAAGCAUUGUUUCUGAUACAGAUGAUGGCCAAGGCCUGAAUAGUCUGGAAGAAAAGAGUGAAAAAUCACAUUCAGAAAUAUUUUCAAGGCCCUCAUCUCGCAAUUCAGUAAGUGCAACUCCUCUGAGUGGCAACUCGUCUAGAAGAGGAAGUGGAGAUGCAAGCAUUUUGGUGGAUCCUGAUGCCUCCCUCAGUGAAUUACGGGAUUCACUAGCUGAAGUAGAAGAGAAGUACAAGAAAGCUAUGGUUUCCAAUGCUCAACUAGACAAUGAAAACAACUUGGUUUACCAAGUGGAUACUUUAAGGUUAUUGAGGAGGAAAGAAGAACAGAUAGCAGAGUUCUAUAGAAAUGAAGAGAAGUCAAAGGAAUUGGAAAGACAGAAACACACCUGCAAUGUUCUGCGACAUAAGCUGGAUGAACUAAAAGAGGGCCUUCGACAGAGAGAUGAACUGAUAGAGGCCCUAGAAAGACAGAAAGAUUACUUUGACUGCAUUAAGAAUGAGCGAGAUGAGCUAGAGGAGUUGGCUGACCUGAAGGAAACAAUGAAGAGAGGAGAGGUAUGUUGGUAGUAGUUACUUUACAAAACAGGAUUAGUUAUAAUUCCAGAUGGCACACCAAAUGGUGAUGUAAACCAUGAAUCGGUGGUUGGUGCAAAACAGUUGUAUCACAAAAGUGCUCAAGUCCUGGAAUCUGCAGGAGAAGGACCACUAGAUAUCAGGCUACGAAAACUGGUGGAGAAAAAGGAGGAAUUAUUGUCCCAGGUUAGAAAACUGAAGAUGCAGUUAGAAGAAGAACGACAGAAGUAUUCCAGAAGUGAUGGCAUGAAUCCAGAUAUCAUAGGCUUAGAGAAUGGUUCUGACUUGCAGCUAAUUGAAUUGCAAAGAGAUGCCAACAGACAAAUUAGUGAAUACAAAUUUAAGCUUUCAAAAGCUGAACAAGAUAUAACUACUUUGGAACAAAAUGUAAGUGUAUUGGGACGACUUGAGGGGCAGGUUGCAAGGUAUAAUGCAGCAGAAAAUGCAGAAAAAGUAGAAGACGAACUCAAGGCUGACAAGAGGAAGCUUCAGCGAGAGUUAAGAACAGCACUGGAUAAGAUAGAAGAGAUGGAGAUGACCAAUAGCCAUUUAAUGAAAAGGCUGGAGAAGGUGAAGGCAAAUAGGACUGCGCUUUUAUCUCAACAGUGAAGUUGGAAAUUGAAAAUACAAUGCACUGCGCCUUGAAAACUAGCCCCUAGGUUGUUUAUAAAUACAGACUUUCAUUGGCACAAACUAUUUAAACACUGAGCUGUUCACUGAUGGUUUAGUUUCAUAAUUAAAUUACAUACUUUUGUAACUUAUGAGAGAAAGAAAUGUAGUUUGAAUUCCUAUGUGAAUUACAGCAAUUUUUCAGUAGCAUUUGAUUCUAGAGUCAAAGAUGGAGCACAAUGCUGUAUGUUUGACUUAGCGAUAGAAAACGUUUUUACAGCUGUGGAAUCAAGUUUACUCACAAUCUCCCUUGGCUACUUUAAUGAUGCUUGAUGCUCAGAGACAGCUGCAUGAAUUCAAGAAGACACUGUAUUACUGUACUGCAAAACUAACAUGUAUUUGCUUAAGACAUCACACAGCACAAGUGCCUUUUAUCUGGUGCAAUUUAGACUUCAUUGUUGAAAUAGCCUUUGAAAACAGAUAGCAUUUUAUUUUAAGAUACAUUUGGGGUAUUCACUAAACUUUAUACAUUUUGAAAAUACAUUUUUGUAAAAUAUUUAAAUUUGUAAGAAAAAAAUAGGGACUGUAUAUAAAAAUCUGCUUUUUUUUGCAUGGGCACAUCUAAGUUCUAGGUAAUUUUGUCAAAUAAUAGCCCUUAAUACUCUUAGUAUUAAGAGCACAGAUUUAAAAGCUUAUGUUGUACACCAUCAAAUUAUAUGUCAUCUGCUUAAGUGUGAAUUGAAAUUUUAUGGUGGGAGGAAGGGGGUGGGAAAUGUGACUAAGGAAUUUAUUAAAUGGACACUUUACUGAC